AUGGCUGGUCACGAUGCACAGCUAGACUUUUACGGCAGCAAGCUAGCCACAUGCUCGUCGGAUCGCACCGUCAAGGUAUUUGAUGUGCAAAACGGAGAAGCUGUUGGAGCAGGUGAGACUCUUGUUGGACAUGAGGGUCCCGUGUGGCAGGUGGCCUGGGCGCACCCGUCGUUUGGUACUAUCUUGGCGAGUGCCUCGUACGACGGCAAGGUCUUCAUUUGGAAAAACGAGGCAAGCAGCGGUGCGUAUGGUUCCGCUACGGGUUGGACCCGCAUUAAGGACCAUGCCCUGCACUCGGCGUCGGUCAAUUCUAUCGCGUGGGCGCCCCACGAGCUGGGGGCCACACUGGCAUGCGCCUCGACGGACGGCCGUGUGUCUGUACUGACCUUCAACGAGGACGGUUCCUGGUCAGUAGACCUUGUAACCGCGCAUGCCGGGGGUUGCAACGCUGUAUCUUGGAUGCCAGUGCCGGCGUCAGAUGUGCCGGAUGCACCCAUUACCCGUCGGUUCGCUACGGCGGGCUGCGACACUGUCGUCAAGAUCUGGGAAUUCAACGAUGAGCUCAACCGAUACGUGGAGGUCGACCAACUGAAGGAGCAUAAGGACUGGGUCCGUGAUGUGGCCUUCGCGCCGAGCGUCGGACUCGCUCGCACGUACCUAGCAACGGCGUCACAGGACCGCACGGUGCUCGUGUGGACACAAAGCGGUGUGCAUGAGCCAUGGAAGUGCACGCCGCUUCUCCCAAGCCAGAAGCCUGAAGACCGUUCCAAGUUCCCCGACACGGUCUGGCGCGUGAGCUGGAGCCUGAGCGGCAACGUACUGGCCGUCAGCUGCGGCGACGGCAAGGUGUCGCUUUGGAAGGAAAACCUGAAGGGUGCAUGGGAAUGUAUCAGCGAGUACGUCUAG